AUGUUGAUGGUGCGAUCGGAUCAUUUCAGACGGAAGAUGCCGCCUAACCCCAACGUUGAAGUCUUCAAGUUUGCGGUCUACCUCUUCGUUCCUCUCUUUUCCCUGGUUUACUUUGGGGACCCCGCAUGGUAUCACAAGCAUGUAGCGCCAUAUCGCGACAAACUACUACCUCCAAUUGAAAAGACUGUUCGAGAUCUGCCUUUUGAACAGAGUCGCGUACGUGAGGAGCUGGAGCGAAUAAAGCAAGAGCGCCGUGAUAAGACAGAGCGUAGAAAGAAUGAGGAUUCAGGAUGA